GCGGCUGUCUGGACACAUAAUGGGAGACAGACUUGAAACCACUUUAAACUGACGAGAAGUAAAGAAAAAAUACAACAAUAAAGCAGAAAACACUAAGUUUCGGGGGGGCUUGGACACCGGGGGAUUCGGACCCCAGACAGUCACGUCCAUACUGCAACCCUAAUGUCUGUGUCGGUGGAGCAAGGCUGCAGUAGCAGCAGUGUCUCUAGCGCCCCCGCUGGCUCGGUGGUGCAGGUGUCUUUUCCCAGCGUACGCACGGCUGUGCUGGAAAGUCUGAACCGGCAGCGUGAGGAGGGACAGCUGUGUGACCUGUCCAUCCAGGUGCAGGGCCAGGUUUUCCGGGCACACAGAUGUGUGCUGGCUGCUUCGUCACCCUACUUUCAUGACCAGGUGCUGCUGAAGAACAUGUCCACUGUGUCCAUCCCAGCCGUCAUGGACCCCCUGGCCUUUGAGAGUGUUCUAAGCUGUGCCUACACUGGUCAGCUGCGCAUGCUACGAGAGGACAUCGUCAACUACCUCACCGUGGGGAGUGUGCUGCAGAUGUGGCACAUCGUGGACAAGUGCACCGAGCUCCUUAAGGAAGGACGGGGAGGGACUACUGGAACACAGGGUGGAGGUGCUCAGGGCAAUCCCAGGUGCAGCAGCAGCAGUGGGCGAGAGCCGGGGACAGGAGCCCAGUCCGGUGAAGUCCACUCUGAAGUCCUGCCCCCCAGCCGCCCCGCUCUGAAUGAGAGCCAGUCCCCCAGCAGCACCAACUACUUCAGCCCCAGAGAGGCAGGCUUGGGUGGGGGAAUGGCCACCACUGGCAUGUCAGGAGAUGGGGCCACAAACUCCACCUCCAGUUACUGCACUCCAUCUGGGGGUGAUGAGGGGUUCCUGAUUGAAGAAGACGAGGAGGAUGAGGAGCUCAUGUACACCAGGAAGCAGGAGAGAGGAAGCGGAAGAAGGAAGAAGAACACCUCUGUCUCUGAUCAGGAGGCAGGGGUUAGUGACAGUUUUGGUGUGUCUUCCUUCCAAGAUGGUGAUCCCCCUCCUCCACAGAAGCGGCCCACCUAUAGCCAGCCCAGCAUCAUGCCCCGCAAGCAAUGGGUAGUGGUGAAAACAGAGAGGCCCCAGGAUGACGAACUGAUCGUGGUAUCUGGGGAGGAGGGGGGUGAGGAGGAGGAAGAGAGGGAGAUGGAGCUGGAGAGAGAGAGCGAGAGGGAAAGGACAUUCAAUAUAUCUGAUGUAAGGACCCUCUCUGGGGACAUCAGUGCCAGAGCUGAUGCUGAAAUGGAGGCACAGGUAGAUUACUGCCAGUCCUCUGAAGACUACCUCAAGUUUGACAGUGAUCUCAUGGACCAGACAACCUCACAGCACUCUCACAAUAGUUCUGGUAGCUCCAGUAGCAGCAGGGCCGUGUCUGCUUUACUGGGGUCAGUUCAGUCUGGUGCCACAAGAGCACAGCUUUUCCCUAUAGACAUGCAAGGAAAUCAAAUCCUGCUAUACAGCCAAGGCCCUCUGGACCCUUCUAAUCCAAUUACAGCUGGAAGUGGAGCAUCACUGAAAGGCACAGGUCUGGAGCAUGGAGCUGUGCAUCUGUCAGGGCACGGUGGCCUGGAUGGUAUGGAGGGGCCCGGAGGCGCAAACUCCGGCAAGGUGUUCAUGUGCCACUGUGGGAAGACCUUCACACACAAGAGCAUGCGGGACCGGCACAUAAACAUGCACCUUGACCUCCGACCCUUUCAUUGUCCAGUCUGUGCCAAGAAGUUCAAAAUGAAGCAUCACCUCACGGAGCACAUGAAGACACACACGGGCCUCAAGCCUUACGAUUGCCACAGCUGCGGUAAAAAGUUCAUGUGGCGUGACAGCUUCAUGAGACACCGGUCCCAUUGUGAGAGGCGGGGUGGGGCCAGCGAUGGUGCGGGUGGGGUGGAAGGAGCUGCUGUCAUAUCCCCACCUCUCCAUCAUGCCAACAGCGAGAUUGGCCAGAGGAUUCCCUCUGGAGGAAUUGGUGGUAGAGGUGGGAUAUCUGUCUUGUCCCCACACCAUUCCAGUGGAAGUAGCAGCAGUGUGUCCUGUCUGACUAUGGCUGGACCAGGGUCUCUGUUGGGGGUGUCCUCCCAGAGCACAGCACACGGUCUGGGUUCUGCUGUUUUCGGGCUGGGAGGUAGUCGAAGUGGCUGUGAGGAUGAGGUGUGUGAGGUGAGUGUGAGCGAGAGCAGUGUCACUUAAUUUUAACUAGGAAUGACAAUGAAAGGGUAAGGGUUAGGUUGUGUGUUGCACAACUUAUCUAUCUUUUUUAAUUUUAGUUCUGGUUUUAAGUACAUUCCUGCCUGUAUCACACACAAAGAAGUCUGGCUGUACAGUUUUGUGUCAUAACAGUACUGUUGUCUUGGAUUCUCAUUGCAUCUUGUCCAGUAGCAGGCAAAUGAACCAAAACCCAAUACACCCACCUUGGACUAAAGGACUAGCUGUCUUAUGUACGUCAACCAAAUGAUGCUUUGACUAGGGGCCGUGAGUGUGUGUACCCCUCUCAGUGCUGCCAGGCUUCACAGACAGACUUGCUUUCAGUGGAUCAGGAAACAUCCCACGACUCAAGGUUUUUAUCGAUUGUGGUGCCGUUCAGGAUGUGAUAUGUUGCUACAAGUUUCCCAAAGAUCUGUGUCCAGUUUCAGGGUACUGUACCACACAAGUAGUAUAUGAAUGAGUUUUUUUUU